AUGUCGGCGCCUUCUGCUCUUGAAAGCCUGGGCAAAACUUUGACAGAGUGGAGACAGCGGGAGGAGGAGCGGAGAAAAGCUGGCUCCCAAGGUGACGGAGAAGGAUGGGACAACGACGACAUAGCUGCCAGACUGGAGGAGCAACAGGCAAAGCUGGAGACAGCCAACAAGGCCUUCGAGGCUGCGGUCCGCGCCAAGGACCGUCAUGCUUACUUCAUGGCGAGAGUGGCGCUGGGUCAGUGUAAAGAUGCAUAUGUGAGCUGUGAGCUGAGACCGGGUCAAGUGGUAAAGUCACCGCAGGCGCAGCUGGCAGAGUCGAGGAACGAGGCGAGCUUGUCGCUGAAGCUGCAGCAGCUCGAGCUGGACAUCGAGCACAUGGAGGCCCAGUCUCCUCUUGUUACUCUGUCGACCGCCACGUCCCUCGACAACUCGGCCACGGUCACGCCAAGGGAAGAUGACAUGUACUCGAGAAUGGAUGAGUAUGACGAGGCGUCUGCGGAUGAAACGACCAACGUCUCCAAGCACAACGAGACCGCAAGCUCGCGAGGCUCUUCGCUGGAGCACACAGACCUCCGGACGCACCUGCAGCGCUUGGAGGAGCUCGAGGCAGCCCUUCACUUGGAGAGGCUGCGCAUCCUCGACUGCAUCAGCAACGACAAGUCCUCCCCUCACUCCGCCGUCUGGCAUACCCAGAGACAGAACUCCAGACUCGUCGCAAAGAACGUGGACAGAAGUUUUGAGGAGCUCAGAGCAGAACUUCCCAAGUAUUCAAUCCGUGGUGGCAGGAGAGGAGAGCAUGUCCGAGCAGAGGAGGCGAGGAGGAUGCGGAGGGCAGGGGGGCAGGAGCGCCUGGACCCGCUGAGGAAGGGAGUGGAGGAAAUGAUGGAGAGGACGCGAAAUCUGUUUGGUGACAAGGAUGAAGACGAAACCUGCUGUCCAAGAGCGAGUGGGGAGACUCGUCGAUGCUUUCAUGGCGAGUGGAAACAAAGCAAGGACAUGCAACUAUCUCACAUGAAAACGACGAUGACAAUCUGA